AUGGACUUUUUCACAUCUCGGGCUGAUCAUGCCUCAUCGGAUGACCACGCCCCAAUUGCCCGACAACGGCGCAAGAUUAUUGUCGCCUUUACCGGAGCGACAGGGUCAAUCCUGGGGAUUCAAACGCUUAUUGCCCUGCGCAGCCUGAACGUGGAAACCCAUCUCAUCAUUUCUAAGUGGGCUGAGGCUACGAUCAAGUAUGAGACCGACUACACAAUUUCCAAUGUCCGCGCUCUGGCCGAUCAUGUCUAUAGUAUCAACGACUUGUCGGCGCCAAUCGCUAGUGGCUCAUUCCGCACGGAGGGAAUGCUCGUCGUUCCAUGUAGUGUGAAAACACUUGCUUCAAUCAACUCGGGUAUCUGCGAUGAUUUGAUCUCUCGUGCCGCAGAUGUGAUACUGAAAGAAAGGCGCAGACUGGUUCUGGCAGUAAGAGAGACACCGCUUAGCACAAUCCACUUGCAAAAUAUGCUUUCAGUGACACAAGCUGGUGCCAUCAUUUUUCCGCCAGUGCCGGCAUUCUACAUCAAGCCAUCAUCGGUGGAAGACUUGAUUAAUCACAGUGUCGGGCGAAUUUUGGACUUGUUUGAUUUGGACACGGCUGCGUUUGAAAGGUGGGAAGGAUGGAAGAGGAAUUAG